AUCCCAGAAGAAUCACAUAAAGGUGUUUCUUCCAUAUUUGGAAACAAAUAUCUUCUUCAGAUAAAUGAAAUGGCAGCGACUGCGACACAUUGCUUAUCCUUCGCCCAAUUCCAGAGGCUGAGAUACUUUAUGGAUACGUCGACUCAGGAAUCAGGUCGUAUUGAGUUUGAAGGGACUUUUAAAGAUGAUUGGGAAGAUGAUUUAGACUGCUAUUUUGAUUCAGAAGAAGAACUAUUUAUAACAGCGGGAAGGAUAUUCUACUCAAAACUUAGAGUGUUUCAGACCGUACGAAAUCUGAGUAGCAAGCUUGAAUGGCCAGACUUACCCUUAGUUUCUAAGAAAGAAUUUAUUUCUCAGUGCCGUGAAGAACUUGAAUCUGGGAAAACACUUCGUAAUGGGGCUUUUUAUACCAUCUUGUAUUUAUGUGCAGGAGUGUAUGAUUGUGUCAAAGAUCCAAAGGCUCAUUUUCAAAGCAUAAGAGAAAAUGUCGAAUUACUCAGAAGAUUUCGAAUUUUAGAAGUCAUAUAUUCCAUCUUUACAAAUUGGAACGAAAACCGUAAACCUGGCUAUAUGUCGGACUUGAAAGAAAAGGAAUUGCUUGCUCUUUUCUUGUCUCUGAUAUUUUUCUUUUUAACUGUUCCCUCAGAAAAUUACGUUGAAUGGACUGAAUCUGCUAGGUCUUUACAACCAUCAUUAAUGUCUUCCUUAGUACAAUUAUUUAAUGAUACGGCGAAUGAAUAUGAAAUGGACCUUGAUAAUGUCAGUCUUUUUCCCUUAAGACAAAUUACGUUCCUAAUUUAUAAGACUUGUAUCCGUUUAUGGGGGACAGAAACGGAAUUCCAGGAAAAGAAAAAGUUUAUUGCGAGCAUGAGUAACGCAACUUCAUCUAUGGAUAAACCAAAAACUACAGUACUUGAUUAUGAAGUCUUUCGUCAUGAAAUUGCUACGAAGUAUUCCUCUUUUGCCCAUCCUUUUUAUUCACUGCCAUUGGAUCGAGAACAGACACAUAUUCUUCCUACACUAAACACAGAUUCAUUUCAUAAGUCAUAUUUUAUAUGCAAUAAUCGUUUCUGUUCUCCGGAGAAUCCUUCCCUACCGAUACCAAACUCGAAGUCCAAAGUAAGUACUCGGCGCGAGCAAUUUCAAACGAAUCAAAACUUGCCUUUUGGGUUUACCCCUUCUAUAAAAGAUUCUUCAUCUCCUAAAAGUAUAAUAGAGGCGGCGGAAUUGCUGCACCGUCAAACCAAACAUAAUGUCGUUGUAGAGCAGCUACUUUUCGAACGAGAAUACUUACGGCAUUGCACACUUCAAUAUCUUCUUGGCACUGAUUUUAAUGAUGCAGUUAGCUCAUUGGAUUUUUCACAUGAAAAGCCACCAGUUAACGAUCCGACUUUGAAUUUUGUUUCAAAGUCAUAUGAUGACCUAUUCCUUCAUUUGGAUAUUUUCGUGCAAUUAUCUAUGCAUUUAUUUUAUUAUACUUCUAAGAAAGUAAACAAGCUAUAUAUUGAAGCAUUUUCUUCAUCAGAGGCAGCAAUGCAAAUGCAAAGUAUUAAUGAUAUGGCGGUUGCUGACUCCCCUAGUGAGGAAAUCAGUGAACCAGUGGUCAAGCCACUUGAAAAGGAUUCGAUGGAUGAUUUGAGCGAAUUGGCUUCUGGAUUUUUUGUUUCAGGUACUAUUUCGUACUUUGUUGAUACGUGUGAACUUAUCCUGUAUUCUCUGUCGGGCCUUUUCUUAAUGAUGCUCAAAUGGUUUCGUUUAUCUCAUGUGUUACGAUCAGAGAGAUUUGCGAAAUUACUGUACGAUAACCACUUUUUAGAAAUUCUCAGUCGCUAUUUAUCAGAUAAAGAGUCUUCCAAUCACGCCGAACGUGAUAUGAAAUGCCUUCGAGGUGGCUUUUUUUCUUUUACGGCGAAAUCUUAUAAGCAAUUUCCGAAUAGUCCUUAUAUUUACUCCAAGGGUCCCUCUUCGAGAAAUACGUUAAUUACUUUAAAUUGCCUUCGUGUGAUGGGAAAGGUUUGUAAAUAUCAUAUUAACAGAAAAGAGUUGCUUGUGAAGAUUGAUAUGCAGAAGCAUUUAAAAAAACUGCUAGAAAUCCCUCAUGAGAUACUUAAGGUGUAUACGCUGAAGGUUUUAAAAUUACAUAUACCGUAUCUAGGUAUAAAAUGGAAACAGGCGAACAUGAAUAUUAUCACAGAUAUAUACUUACAUUGUCCUCUUAAUCUAAGAGAUAGUUGGAUCUUUCAAGAAAACAAUUUGGAAACGCAACGCUCAUCAGAUCUUCAAGACACCUUUUUGUGCAUUUUGAUUCGAUUUUAUCAUAAGAGAUUAUAUGGACAGAAUUGCAAAAAGCUGUAUGACCUAAAUUUGCUUGAGGAAAUCCGUUUGAAGCAAGCCAUAGAAGAAUUAGUUGAAUCUCAUAUGAUGGAUUAUCUGCCAGAUGCUAUGUGGACCUAUACAAGUAGCCAUGAGUCUCCCGAUUUUUUCGAUAAUGAACUUUCAUCUGUUCUUGUACAAAAUGUGUCUUCGUUUUUCUAAUCUUUACUUUACCAGUUCAUUUAUUAUUAUCUUUUUUACUAUGAAUAAUAAUCCUACGAGGAAAUGAAUUUAUGUCAGUUUGUAUAUAUUUAAUCACUCUCUUUGCUUUCACAGUUCAAAGACUUCUUUCACAGUCCAAUAUUCCAAGAUGUCUUGUAUGAACCUUUUUGAACGGAAAUCUGGAUGCCUAUUUCUAUUGUAAACUUAGCUAAUUGUUUACAAAUGGGGAAUAGUGACAUGUAACGAGAACCGGUAUAAUCUAAAAUUAUCAGAUCAUUUUUGCUUCUGUUAAUAAUUUAUAUACUUUCAUGUAUCUGAGCUCAACCAACACUAAACUGUACACACGAAG